AUGGGACCCUCAGCCCCGACACCUAGAGACCCCUUGAGUCUUCCCCACACUAGGCAGGGUUCUUCCUAUGGGCCAGGAGUCCUGGUGAUGGAGGGAGAUAAUUUAGAUCAGGCAGCCCCGAUUCUCCCCCCACAACAGGCAGGGCCUGUAGGGGCAGGUGACCCUGCUGGGAGGCCCUUUAUGGUUUAUGUCCCUUUUUCCACCAGCGACCUCUAUAACUGGAAACAUCAGAAUCCCUCUUUUUCUCAGGACCCCCAGGGCCUGAUCUCCCUCCUUGAGUCAGUCUUUCACACACACCAGCCGACUUGGCAUGAUUUCCAACAGCUCUUGCAAACCCUUUUUACUUCGGAAGAGAGAGAGAAGAUAAGGACAGAGGGCCAGAAAUUAGUCCUGGGGUCAGAUGGCCAGCCAACCACUGACCCUUCCAGGCUAGAGGCUGUGUUUCCCAGUGGCCGGCCCUCUUGGGAUCCAAAUUUGGAUCAGGGAAGGGAGGCUCUCGACAGUUUUCACCAGACUCUCUUGAGGGGCCUCCAGGCUGCAACCAGGAAGCCCACAAAUCCCUUGAAAGUCACCGAGACAGUCCAAGGACCGAAUGAAAGCCUGGCAGCAUUUCUUGAAAGAUUAUAUGAGGCAUAUCGGGUCUACACCCCCAUAGACCCAGAGGCUGCAAAUAAGCGCCGAGUGGUUAACAUAGCUUUUGUGUCCCAGUCGGCCCCAGACAUUAGAAAGAAAUUACAGAAGUUAGAAGGCUUUGGGGGAAAGCCGCUGUCAGAACUGGUCGAAAUAGCCCAGAAGGUUUUUAACAAUCACGAAGAUCAAGCUGCCAACCUGAAUGCUCGAAUGGUGAAGGUCCUGUUGGCAAUGCAAGAGAACAGAGUUGCCCAAGAGAGGUCAGGCAGGAAGGAGGGGAACAAAAAUAGGAGAGAAGUGAAACUGAGGCUGGGCAAAAACCAAUGUGCAUAUUACAAGGAAGAAGGACACUGGAAGGGUGAAUGCCCCAAGAGGAAGAUAGGCAUACCCGUCCCUGUACUGGAAGAAUACCGUUUGCAUCAGACACUCCCAGCUUCCUCUGCCCCCGACCUGCUUCUACAGCAGUUGAGGCAGGAGAUCCCGGGAGUAUGGGCAGAAAGGAGCCCUCCUGGGCUGGCAGCCCACAGACCUCCCAUCAUUCUCCAACUAACUAGUGUGGCAGUCCCUGUCCGCAUCAGACAAUACCCAAUGAGUCAAAAAGCGAAGGUCGGGAUCGCCAAGCGCAUCCAGAGACUCCAGGAGGCAGGAAUUCUAGUCCCUUGCCAAUGGGCUUGGAAUACCCCCCUUCUCCCUGUUCAUAAACCAGGCAGAGAGGACUUCAGUCCAGUCCAGGACUUAAGAGAAGUAAACAAAAGAGUAGAGACAAUACACCCAACAGUCCCUAACCCUUAUACUCUACUGAGUUGACUUGGACCUGAGCUCUGAUACUAUAUCUUAGACUUAAAAGACGCGUUCUUCUCCCUUCCCCUGGCGGCCCAGAGCCAAUCAAUUUUCACCUUUGAAUGGACUGACCCGGAGAAAGGGGAAUCAGAACAGUUGACAUGGUUUAAGAACGCCCCUACUCUGUUUGACAAGGCCUUAAAUCAGGAUCUUAGGGAAUUCUGGCUCCAACACCCUGCAGUUACCCUCCUUCAGUAUGUUGAUGACCUCUUACUCACCACAAAGGACCUACAGGGGUGUAAACAAGUGACAUGAGAUCUGCUCAUGGCCCUAGACCAGUUAGGAUAUUGGGUCUCUGUGAAAAAGGCCCAGCUUUGCUCUACUGAGGUCACGUACUUAGGGUAUUGAAUAAAGGAAGGAAAACAGACUCUCUCAGCUGGAAGGAUCCAGGCCAUCCUGUCCAUACCUACUCCCAGGACAAAGAGGCAAGUAAGAGAGUUCCUUGGUGCAGUAGGGUACUGCAGGCUCUGGAUUUGGGGGUUUGCUGAGAUUGCCAAACCCCUUUAUGCAGCUACAGGAGGCCCAGGGUCCAACUUAAUUUGGACAGAGGUUGAGGUAGAGGCCUUCUAGAUGCUCAAGCGUGCUCUGACCAGCACCCCCGCCCUGGCUCUGCCCAAUCUAGAUAAACCAUUCCAACUACAUGUGGCAGAAACCAAAGGAGUAGCGAAAGGGGUCCUAACUCAAACUUUGGGACCCUGGAGGAGGCCAGUAGCCUAUUUGUCCAAACGGCUAGACCCAGUAGUGGCAGGGUGGCCUGGCUGCCUGAAGGCCAUCACCGCCACAGCGGUCUUAGUCAAAGAGGCUUCCAAGUUGACUUUCAGACAAAACUUGCAAGUAAUAGCUCCCCAUAAUGUCGAGAGCCUGCUACACAGCCCCCCAGAGCACUGGAUGUUCAACACACGCAUUACCCAGUACCAAGUACAACUGCUAGACCCCCCUAGAGUGACUUUCCUGAGGACGGUGGCCCUAAACCCUGCCACUCUCCUUCCUGAGGAUGGGACUGGGGGAACGGAGCCAUUGCAUGAUUGUGAGGAAACCUUGACAGCCCUGACUUUGCUGCGGGCAGAUCUGACUGACCAGACCCUUGCCAGCCUAGAUGAAACUCUGUUCAUGGAUGGCAGCAGCUUCGUUGAACAAGGUGUCCUGUAUGCAGGGGCAGAAGUGGUCACCCAGAAGGGGGUACUCUGGGCUCAGGCAUUCGGCCGGGGGACAUCAGCACAGAAGGCUGAACUUAUAGCCCUCACCUAG